AAUUAAUAUAAUAUUAAGUAAAACAAAAAAAACAGGAGGAAGAGCCAAAAAGAAAAACUAAAUUAAUUAAUUAAGAAUGAGCAAAAUUUCAUCCGAAUUCUUGAAGAACACCAUUACCCAAAUGUUGUCUGAUAGAAAGAAAAGAGAAUUCACUGAAACUGUUGAACUCCAAAUCGGUUUAAGAGAUUACAACCCCGAUAAGGAUAAACGUUUCACCGGCUCGAUCAAGUUACCUAACAUGCCCUACCCUAACAAAAAGAUCGCUAUCAUCGGUACCAUGAGACACUGCGAAGAAGCUAAGGCUGCUGGUAUUGCUUGCAUUGACACUGAAGGUCUUAAGAAGUUCAACAAGGAACCCAAGCUCAUCAAGAAGUGGUUCAAGCCCUAUGACACCUUACUUUGUUCUGAAACCCUCAUGAAGCAACUCCCCAAGCUCUGCGGUAACGUCUUGUCCAAGAUUGGUAAGUUCCCCAUCUCCAUCACUGAAGGUGAAUCCGUCGUUGCUAAGGUCAAGGAAUUAUAAUCUACCGUCAGAUUCCAACUUAAGAAGGUCGUCUGUCUCGCUACCGCCGUUGCCACCGACGCUUUGACUGAAGAACAAAUCAGACAAAACAUCAACAUGUCUCUUAACUUCUUAGUCUCUCUUUUGAAGAAGGGCUGGUAAAAUCUCAAGACUGUCCACAUUAAGACCACCAUGUCUAAGUCUUACAGAAUCUUCGGUUGAUUUGCUGACAGCUAGAGCGUAUUUUUGUUAGUGAGUUAGGCAUAAUGGGUAAUACACCUCCAGUCUUUUCAUAUUAGAUAUUUAAAUUAUUAGGUAAAUGAAGGAUAAUUUUUAUCUUAACAUCGAUCCUACAAAAAUCAGACUGAAGCGUAAGCCAAUAUUACUUUUUUCUUUCUAUUAUACUAACAAACUAACAAUUAACUUAUAAAUGUAAAUCUUUAUUUGUAUACAACUAAUGUGUAUUAAUAUUUAUAUUUAAACAAACUCCUAUUAUCAAAUUUCCUAUAU